GUCACAAACUCCUCUGGAAGAGGGCUCUUACAGCUCCUUUAGAUGGUGAAAAAGUGUGAGAUAAAAAAGGGGAGUCAUUUCUCACAAAAUCUCAUCAUUUUUAGUGAGAUUGUGUGAGAAAGGGGAGGAGCCAAUCAAAAUAUUUUAUUUUGUACUUUUUUCCUCCAUUUCUCACCAAAAUAGUCAAUCAAAAUGAGUGAUUUGGCUAGAAACCAAAAUCCUUUCUUUUCUUUUCUCUUGAAAUCACUCCAUUCAAAGGGGUUGUUAAGCACCAGGCUUGUCUGCAGCAGAGGUGCGGUUGAAGUCACCGCAACCGUCGGAUGGUGUUUUUAAUGGUCGAAAUUAAAAAAAAAAAAAUUUUCCCCGGAAAAGUUUAGACCGUUGGAUGCAAAGAUGAACGGCUGUGAUUGAACUGCAGGGACUCUAUGUAGUUGGACUGCAGAGUAUCCGCGUUAACCGCCAUAGCAUGUGCAGCCAAUGAGAUAGUAUCACCCAUUGAAGGAGCCAAUCUUAUUGGGGUGUCCUUUCGGAGUAAUCCCCAGGAAGGGUAGUAUGUCAUCACAACCCUACUGGCUACCAACGUGCAAGUUGAACAGAUGGUGCCCAAUUGAAACUUGCGAUGGUCAAUCUAAUCAAAUAUAAAAUGACUCUCAAGCUAAUACUACUGGAAGACGUACACGAGAUACACUUAAAUGUACCUGAUAGCCAAAUCUCCAUUCAGCUAAUCUGGAAGUAAACUCAGACAAAUGGCGUUGGUUCAUGCAGUUGUUGGCAGCGUAAUUUUGAUCAGCCGAAGGCAGAGCUCCGAGCUUUAUCCAACAAGUUGGAGGAACCUAUGGAAGGAAUGGCAGCUGCAAGGAUUGGUUCUACUUAGCCUCACUGCCCAAAUAGUCCUUGUCAUUUUCGGAAAUCGCAGAAAGUACAUUGCUAAAACUUGGAUCCAAGCCAUUGUUUGGUCCGCCUACUUACUUGCUGACUCUGUAGCCACAAUGGCCAUUGGCAUCCUCGCGAACAACGUCGCAGAUGUCUAUUGGAAUGAUAAUAGAAAUGCUUUUGCUUUGGAUUACGAGUUAAUGGCAUUUUGGGCCCCUUUCUUGCUGUUGCACAUGGGUGGGAUGGACACCAUCACCGCUUUCUCGUUGGAAGACAAUGAGCUAUGGAUGAGGCAUUUUUUCAGCGUUAUUAUCCAAGCAGUGACGACCGUGUACAUCUUGCUCAUGUCGUGGUCAACGUCAUCGCAUCUUUCGCCACUAUAUAUCGUGGUCUUCUUUGUUGGCCUGGUCAAGUACUGCGAACGUGUUUGGGCUCUCUUCUCCGCAAGCCAAAAAAGGUUUAGGGACUCGAUUCCUGAAAUCCCAACCAGCGAGUCCAAGAUAAUGGAGGCCUGCAAGUUGAAGCAAUUGGAAGGGUACCAUGUCACUGCCCAUCAAGUGCUUGAGGUGGAGGUCCCGGUGUUCGACAAUUCGGUUCCUAAUUGUGACGAUGCAAUUGAGAUACUUAUGGCCCAUAACUUCCUUGAGAUGGUCAAGCGCCUCUUCGCGGACCUCAUACUCGGCUUCCAAGAUCGGGAUGCAAGCAGAGCAAUCUUUGAAAGCAUUGAAAUGGACCAUCUAAAGGCUUUAAAGGUAAUCGAGAUUGAACUCGGAUUGAUAUACGAUGUUAUGUACACCAAAGCAACGAUAGUCUAUUCUUCUUGGGGGAUCGCUGGACGAAUCAUCGGAAGUUUUUUGAUCCUCGCUGUAUUGGUGAUGGUAUCAUUGGACAAGGCAAUGGUAGGGAAAAAUUCCUCCAAGAUUGACAUAACAAUGACUCUGGUGUUGUUGGUUGUUGCUUUGCUACUGGAUUCAUGUGCAUUUGGCGAACUAAUCCUCUCCGACCAAACUGCUCAUUGGUUGAUUAAGCAUAGAAAAACCACGAUGUUACGAGCCAUCAAUCGUAUCCGUACCAUGAUACCAACGAAUUGGGGUCGAAAACGCAAGAGGUGGUCAAAAACCAUGGAACAGUUGAGUUUGCUAAGCUUUUGCUUUGCCACGAAAGUAAAACCCCCGUUUUGCCUCAGAAUCCUAAAGGUUUUAGGCAUUGAGGAAGUUGCUGAGAUCUACCUGUACAAGAGAAUUACUCCUCCAGCACAACUUUUCUUCGGUCGAUUUGAAGAUUUACCGAACGAAAUCUUUCGCGGGGUCAAGGGACAGAGGUCUUGGGCGGAAAAUAACGGUCAAGGCACAGAUCUGAAGUCCUUGUUCGGCCGUUGGGGAGGAAUGACACUCAAUAGGCAAUGCUGUACCGAUCUCGAGUGGAGCGUUGAGAUGGAGUUCCACCAGAGCAUUCUUAUCUGGCACCUUGCUACAGAAAUAUGUCACCGACUUGAUUAUAAAUGUGAGCCGAGCAUUCUUAUCGACUCCUUGCUACUGUCAGAGGUGGAAGAACUUGCGGACUUUCACUACAGAGCCAAGUGCAUGUCGCGAUAUAUGCUCUACCUCCUAGUUGAGCAUCCUAAUAUGUUGCCGAUUGGGAUGGGCCAAAUCAAGUUCCGAGAACUAUAUAUAGACCUCGGGGAGUUCGUGGAAAUGUACAUCUCCAAACCGCUUAAAGAUGUGACAGAGAAAGAAGCUUCGAAGAUGUUGAUGGAGAUAGUGAACCCGGAGAACAUGCUUGUAGGAGGAGGGGGCAGGAGUAAUUUCCUGAUACUACAUGGCUGUAAGCUCGCAUCGCAACUUGGAAAGUUCGAGCCAGCUAAACAUAAAUGGGACAUUAUUGUAAAUGUUUGGAUAGAAAUGAUGGGUCAUGCAGCUAGCCAAUGUAAAGGAAGACAUCAUGCUCAACAGUUGAGACGAGGAGGAGAGUACCUCACUCAUCUCUGGCUUCUCAUGGCUCAUUUUGGCUAUACUGAUAACUUCCAAAUACUUCGUAGUCGUCCAAUAGCUGGGGCAGUUCUAAGGUAAACAAAAUCACGGGCACGUAUGAUUGGAUAAAAACAUUGGAUUGACCUAUAUAUUAUAGCAGAUCAUGUAACUGGUAUGUGAUUAUUCAACUUCUAUGGUUCAAAUGCAAUAUUUAU